GGCCGCAGCAUUCGCGAUUUUCGCCGGCGCACAAUACAUGCACAGAGCGUCUACUGGCCUGAACAUCAACAUCGAUUCUCCUCUGCCAAUCUUCUUUCAAAAUGACUAUCGGGGAGCUUGAGGCCAAAAUCCUCCUGGACAAUCCAGCACAGUACCACUUUGGCAGCCAGCAGCCAGUCACCGGCAGAGUGCAACUCUUUUACCGCCCCCACAAAUCACUAAUCCACCGCCAUGAACCACCCCCGGAGCUUUUCGGGCCAUUGCGCCUUGUCGUUUGCCUCCAUGGCUGUGCCACCUCCGGAAUCUACGAGGAAGAACGAGUAGGACUCGACGAGGCGUUCCUCGAAGAGAGGCGGUGUCGAGUCCCGCUGUUCUCCACGACAGAGCUCGCCUACGACGGCCAAUUCCGAUCCCAACCUCAAGAGACGCAAGAGUUUCCUUUCCGAAUCUCCUUUCCCGACUUCGUCAAUGAAGUGCUCAUCGACAGGCUGGAGCCAACUGGAGCUUUCGUUCCGGACGCCGCCCUCCCACCCACUUUUUCGGGGUGGUCCUUCGAUCGCUACGAAGCAUUCAUCCACUACCGCAUCGGAGUCGAAGCCAGCAUGCCCGGUAUCAACAUCAACAUCAAAGUGCCACAUAGACGCGAAGAACCCGAGGUCCGCUACGAGCGACCCGCCAUUCCCCCUUCACAAGCCCAGGACACCACAACACUUCUCAGAACAGGCCAAAUGUCCGUCUCAAACGAAAACCUCCUCCCCGAAUCCGAGCACGCGCACGGCCUCAAAGCGAAAUUCAAAGCCUUCACCAAAUCCCACACCCACCACGACUACUACCCCAAAUACGUCUUCGACUGGCAAUGCCACGGCCCGCAAGCCCUCCACCUCGACCAACCUCUGACCUUCCAAGUGUCCAUCCAGCCGCGCGAGGAAGAGAGCACAGCAGUGGAGAAGCCGUACGUCCUGCUCACGCACUUCGAACUCAAGCUCGAAGCGGAAACGCUCGUUCGCGCGGCUCGAGGCCUCUUCUUUGCGGAAGAGCGCGGCUCGGAAACAACGGCAGCUACACUGCAAGCGCAACUGCAAACAGCAAUGCCCUUCUCCGAAGCGGAAAACUGGACUCAAACCGUAGACGUGGCUCACCUAGAGCGCGUGCCGAGUUCUUUCCGCACGCUGAAUAUCGUCCGCACGUAUAUCGCUAAAGUGAAGCUCGGCUUCACGGUCGCGGGCAAGAAGGAGGAGUUUACCGAGCGGUUCCCUGUCGUCGUGCUGCCGCCUAUUGACCCGAAUGCGGUUGAUACAAGCUCGCUUUGGGCGACGGCCGCGUGGGGGUCGCAGGUGAAGGGAGGGAAUUCAUUUGCGCCGCCGCUGGAAAAGGGAUAUGGGUCUGCGCCGCCGCCGCAGGAAAGUGGUUAUACCAACGCGCCACCACGGGAAGGUGGAUAUGGAAUUGCGCCGCCGCGAGAAGAUGGAUAUGGACUUGCGGCGCAGUCGGAGAACUACAAUUACUGAGCGGCAUUAACCCACGAGAAAUGCUUGGAUAUGGAUGAGCGGAGGCCUUGCGGCCUGUGACGGCAGUGAUCAUCAGCUUUUGUACA